AUGACCCGUGUCCUUCCUCUCCAGAUCAGUCGCUCCUUGACUCGACGAUGGCCGUGCCGCGAAUCGCAGAUCCAACAGCUUGCUGCCCUGCUCAGUCCCCAUUCCCCAAGUCCGCCCUCGUUAGUCCUCCAUGGAAUUUCCGCAACAUGCAAGUCCACGAUUACGCGCGCCGUUUUGGAAGAGCUACAAGUUCCAUAUACGAUUAUCCGCUGCGCAGAGUGUAUAACUGGGAGACAUCUCCUGACGAAAAUCCUGUUAGAAACGCUGCGCGCCCUCGGACUGGAGGCUGAAUGGGAGCGGUUCGGCAAGGGCAAGUGCGAGCAUGUGAGCACGCUUGUGGUGCUGCUGUCGGAUAUUCUUUCGUCGUCGGCGGCGAGCAGCAAAACGGGAGAGAAUAAUGGGACGAAUAAGUUUAUUUUGGUGUUGGAUGGGAUUGAUAAACAACGAGAAGCGUCCCAGAUGUUGCUUGCUGCGUUGGCAAGGCUGGGAGAAGUGAUUCCGGCUUUGACUGUCGUGCUUAUUUUGAAUACCUCGCCUCGUCCGCUCUUUUUGAGUUCGGCGGGCGUGCCGCAUAUUACAUUUCCUCCUUAUACUCGCAAAGAAGCCAUUACCAUCAUCACUGCUUCGGAACCACCUGUGGUGGAUGGGGUUUCCAAGGAUACAGCUUCGAGGAUUUACCCACAGUUUGUAUCGACCGUGUAUGACUCCUUGGUUGGUCCCACGGCUGGGACUAUUCCAUCAUUUAGAGUUGUUUGUGAACGACUAUGGCCUCGCUUCGUCCAGCCUGUGUUGACCGAGGCUCCACCAGGAGACAGCGAAGAUUGGGAUUUUACAAGACUCUUGGUCCGGAAUCGAGCCAUGUUCAAGGUGCAAGGCGAGACUAUGCUGGUUCAUCGCAUCGUUCCGGACGAAGCUGGCAGCAACCAAAAACCACUUGCCUUGUUAUUGGCGCCAAAACCACCCUCGCUACCAUACUUUCCAACUCUUGUCUUGACAUCUGCCUACGUGGCAUCUCAUACUCCGCCGCGACUGGACACAAUUUUCUUCUCCAAGUUCUCCUCGUCUUCUCUAUCCGCGAGAAACAAACGCUCGCAUCACAGAAGGCGGCUGAAACUUCUCUCUCAGCCACGGAUGGACGACGAAAAUGACGACCUAUCGACGCCGAAAAAAGGUAAGCGUGUCAAGACAAAAAUCACAAAGACAAUGCUCGACUCUGCCUUUGUAAAGUCAUCCGCGACAACUUCUGCAGCAGGCAGCGGUGGCGCCGGGAACGCCUUGACAGGUCCCUCCACGAUCCUCACAGCGCGUCCAUUCACGCUUGAGCGCUUAAUCGCAAUUUACCAUUCCAUUGACCCGAACCCACCCUCUAAUCCUGUUCGUGCGCCUACCAUGGCGGAUUCGAUCUACGCCGAGCUCGCCACGUUGCGUCGGCUGCGCCUGGUUGUGCCGUCUGGCAGUGCAAAUGUCGGCGGCAGCGCGGCGACAGCGACUUCAGCAGACGCGGGUGAGAAGUGGUGUGUGAAUAUUUCUGGGGAUUGGAUCGGCGAGCUCGCCAAGGGGAUAGGUGUUGAGGUCGGAGAGUGGCUUGCUGGAGGGUUGGAUUAA